UUGAAUGAGCCAAUGGCGGCGGGGCCCGCGGCCGCGCUCCCGGGGCCGCCUGCUGCGCCCCCCGCUGCGCCCCCCGCCCGGCAGGUGCCGCCGGCCCCGGGGGACUGCGGCGGGGCGGGGGGUGGCCGGGUGCCCUCGCUCCCCUCCGCCGCCCGGCGCGGCACGGCAGCGGCGUGGCAGCUCCCACCCGUGACCGCGCGUCCCCCCCGUGCCGCCCCUCCGCCGGGCGCGCUCCCGGCACCGGGCAGCGGGGGGGGGGGGGGGGGGGGGGGGCGCGCGGACCCGCCUCCGCUUUCAUAAUCGCGGUGGCGGGGCGCGCUGCGGGGGACAUGUCGCGGCUCGCUCCUGCCAGCCCCCGCCCCCCCCCCGCCGCCAGCCGCCUGCUCUCGGUCGCUCCCGGUUUACCGCUCUGCUGAUGGAGACCGCCAAGCUUAACCCCAUCAUCCGGGAUGUCUACGCGGCCGCGGGCCGUGUCCAGCGCGCGCCGGCCGGUGCCUCGGUGCAGAGGGGCAGCAGCUGCCGGGAGCUCAUGGUCAAGCUGAUGGAGGGGCAGUACGUGCUGUGCCGCUGGACCGAUGGGCUCUGUUACCUUGGGAAGAUCAAAAGGGUGAGCGGCUCCAAGCAGAGCUGCCUCGUCACGUUUGAGGACAACUCCAAGUACUGGGUCCUCUGGAAGGACAUCCAGCAUGCCGGUGUCCCUGGGGAGGAGCCCAAGUGCAUCGUCUGCCUGGGAAAGACAUCAGGUCCCAUGAACGAAAUCCUCAUCUGCGGGAAGUGUGGGCUGGGUUAUCACCAGCAGUGCCAUGUCCCGGUGGCGAGUGGUGGCGAGGGCCCCCUGGGGACACCGUGGUUCUGCCGCCGCUGCAUAUUUGCCCUGGCCGUGCGGAAGGGGGGUGCCCUGAAGAAGGGAGCCAUUGCCAAGACACUGCAAGCUGUCAAGAUGGUGCUGUCCUACAACCCCGACCUGCUCGAGUGGGACUCCCCGCACCGGACCAACCAGCAGCAGUGCUACUGCUACUGUGGGGGCCCCGGCGAGUGGUACCUGAAGAUGCUGCAGUGCUACCGCUGCCGGCAGUGGUUCCACGAAGCCUGCACCCAGUGCCUCAGCGACCCCAUGAUGUUCGGAGACAGAUUCUAUGUGUUUUUCUGCUCCGUAUGCAACCAGGGACCUGAAUACAUCAAGCGCCUGCCCUUGAGAUGGGUGGAUAUUGUCCAUCUCGCUCUCUACAACCUGGGUGUACAGAGCAAGAAGAAGUACUUUGACUUUGAGGAGAUUUUGGCUUUCGUGAACCAUCACUGGGAUCCGCUGCAGCUUGGGAAGCUGACGGGCACCCCCAUCUCCGAGCGCGGCCCCCACCUCCUCAACGCCCUCAACAGCUACAAAAGCAGGUUUCUGUGUGGGAAGGAAAUUAAAAAGAAGAAAUGCAUCUUCCGCUUGCGGAUCCGCGUUCCUCCAAACCCCCCUAGCAAGGUGCUGCCAGAGAAAGCCCCCGGCAUGGGUGACGGCAGCUCCUGCGAGCUGAAGAAGAGGGGAAAAAGCAAAUACGUCCAUAAAGACAGCCUGCUGCCCCGGCAGCUCCAGCAGCAGAAGCGGCGAGCGGCGCGGCGCAAGAGGGCCAAGUUCCUGCUGGAGGAUGCAAUUCCCAGCAGUGACUUCACCUCCGCCUGGAGCACCAACCACCACCUGGCCAGCAUCUUUGACUUCACACUGGAUGAAAUUCAGAGCCUGAAAAGUGCCAGCUCGGGACAGACUUUCCUGUCAGAUGUGGACUCCACAGAUGCUGCCAGCACCUCAGGCUCCGCCACCACGAGCCUCUCCUAUGAGUCCAGCCGGAGGACCGUGGGCAGCCGCAAGCGCAAGCUGGCAGUGCCAGCCUAUGCCUCGGUGGGGGCGAAGAGGAGAGGUGGGGAGGUGGGCAGGCGCCCGGCUGGGGGCACCCCUGAGGGCAGCGAGGCAGCCUGUGGCCCGGACCGCCCAGACGAUGCUAUUGACAGCCACACCUUCGAGAGCAUCAGCGAGGAUGACUCCUCGCUCUCCCACCUCAAGUCCUCCAUCAGCAGCUACUUCGGGGCGGCGGGCAGGCUGGUCUGCGGCGAGAAGUACCAGGUGCUGGCGCGGCGGGUGACGCUGGAGGGGAAGGUGCAGUACCUGGUGGAGUGGGAAGGCACGACCCCUUACUGAACGCCACCCGCCCCUAAACCUUUCCCGGAGCCGAACCAGAGGAGAUAGGGAUGAUGGGGAAAGUCUCAUCGUGAAGCAGAGGAGGGAUGCUGGGAGGGCUGAGACCCCUCUGUGCUGGGGGUCCCAGCUGGAGCCGGCUCCCCGGGAUCCACCGCGGGUGGAGGCAGUGCCUGAGCUGGCGCUGUCGGCAGUGCUGCCCAGGGGUGAAGCCCCCAGCCUUGCUGCCAUAAUUUUUUUAUGUUAACAAUUAUUAUUUUAGUGGCCAUGUAUAUGCAAAGAGCGUGGCCCAGCUGCGCUUUCCCGAUGGAGCAGUGCCAGUAAGAGCAGCGAGUGGGUCUGGCCUUUCCCAGAGGAUCCCCCCAGCGUGGCUGGGUGCCCCUGGGGAAGCCCCUUUGGGGGUCUCAUCCCAUGACCUGGACUGCGUGUGGUAAUGCACCAGCGCCAUUUCCCUGUCCUUCUGACAAUCAUUGUGUUGGAAGAGAUGAGUCAAAAGAUACACCCUUGCCUUAAAACCACCGUGGGCAUUUCACAGACUGGAGCCCGAGGCCUUUGUUCCUCCAGGAAUCUUCAUUCUGAACGUGCCAAAUGAGCAGACAAACCAAAAAGGCCGAAGAGGACAGUGGGGGCAUGGGGAGAGGGUUGUACUGGGGUCCCCAUGGCCAUCCCCAUGGCCUCGUGGCUGUGCCUCGCUGGAGAGCAAUUGCGCUUUCUGCUCCCGACGUAGCGUCGAUGUUUGUGAGGGUGGGGGGUCUGUUUGUCUGCCGAAGAGAAGGAGCAGCCCCCUUCUUUAACUAAAGCAAUACUGCCAGGUUGUUCAGGAGCAAAGCAGUUGUCUUUUUUUUAAAAAAAUAACCUAGUAUCGUCAGACAUAUUUGUUAGAUUUCUUUUCUAAGAUAUAUAUAUAUAUUUUUAAUGUUGUCCUCGUCUGUCCCCUAUCACUACAUGGCUGUCCCAUGGGGAUGGAGGGUGGCGAUGCUGGGGGGGGUGCAUGGUUCUGCUCUGUCAGCACACCCUGUGCCUGUAGCCCCAUCGUUGUUCCUGUGUGUGCUUGUGGGAUCUGCCGACUGGUGAUUGAAAAGGCGGUUUUAUUGAAAAUAUACCGAAAAAAAUUUGUUGGUGUAA